UUGUCUUACAGGUCUGGCGUUCUAACCAAAGGCUCCUGGUAUGACUCCGAGGCCAUCCCCCUUCCUCGACCAGGGCAACCGGAAAAUAACAUGCCCACACAACCCAUGAACACAUUCUUCAAAUUUCCUUCUGUUCAUAUGUUGUGGCACAUUUGCCAGUUCUUUGCAGUUGAUGACGUGUUGAAUAAUAAUUAUAAUAAUAAUACCAUUGGCCAUCUUCUGUGGUUACUUUGCCUCAAAAGUUAUCGAUCUGAUUUGUGGUCACUUUCAAAUCAUCUGUUUGUCAUUUUACCUGAGCUUCCUGCACAAUGCAACAAUGCUCACACUUUCUAUCUACCCGGUGAUAUUGUGGCACACACAAUGAAUCGUUUCAUUCCUAGAUUCUUCUCCUGUCAGAUAUGUGCCUUCCAUUUUGCGGAGAAUUCAGCCAAUAUUGUACGACGCGGUGAGUCGGUGUUGUGGUUGAACGCAGUACACAAUCGUGUGAAUAGAAAUCUGAUGGGUUCCCCGACUGAGGAUCCGAGUGCCCCCAAGAUGGUCUAUCCACCUCGAUGGUUGUGUGCUCAAUGCUGGUCGCGAGAUCCGCAAAAUCCGACUGACUGGGUCCUUGGGGGUGAUGAUGAUAGCCGUGCGGCCUUGUUAUCCUUCCUGGUCGAUCGAUUCAAAUCGACUUUGAUCGUAAAUUUGAUUAUUUUGUUCGACGAAGUGAACUCUUUGAUCACUCUUGCACGUGAUCAUAGUGCACCGCAGAACACACAGACUCGAAACACGAUUACAAAGCCAGAUUCCAAUAGGGUGUGCUAUAUAUUCAGGACGUGUCUUUUCAGUGAAACAAAAAGCUGUUUACCGGUUUGA